AUGAAUACAUUCCUGUGUAAUGUCUUUAACUACCUGAGUGAGAAGGUCGAUUUGGGAGCUGGGUCCAAGGGCGGCUUACCAAAUGAAGACGAUCGCAUUCGGUAUAUUUCUCAGCUGGUCAGUUUGGGUGUCUCGGCGCAUUCGUCCGUAGUCAACGAACACUACGAAAUCCCAGAGCCGGACGCAUUCAUGCUGAAGGAGUUUAUGCCUGCGCUGGUGUGCCGUAUGGUGGACGAUGCCAUUGCUGCUUGCGAACAGCACGCCGGGCUACCCAAAUCCAAGUUCGACCCCCCUGCACUGCCCGAGGUGCUCGAGAAUGAGUGUGCGCAGAAGUUGUUGGGACUGUACGUGCUACGGUGUGUGGACAAGAACGAUGUCGGUCGCAUACGCGAUCUGCUGCCGGCACUAAAGAUCCCAGGGCUACAGCCAGCUGUGUUUGUGUCGGUGGUGAUUGCACUGCUCAAUAAGGUGGAUAUUGACACAUCCAACGAUGUGCGAUUGCUUCUGCUGGAAGAGAUGUUGAUACCGAGCACGCAGGACUCAAUCACCAACCAUGUGGAGGUUAUAGGCCUCAUCGGACACGUGCUAGAUAGCAACACCGGCGUAGGGGCUAGUAAGGUCACCGAGCUGCUCAAGAGCACCAUUGACCAGGGCUUGAAGGACGACGCCGGCGGCGACGAUUCAGCGCGCCUGGUAAAAGAAUAUCAGAAUCUGGUGCACAAACUAUCCGCUUUAGAAGUGUCCACCUCACAGCUUGCCUUCGCUACCCAAUACAUCAAAAUGGUCGAAGAACUGGCCAGCAAGUCAGAGGACGAGAGUGAAGAAGAAGACGAAGAAGAGGAGGAGCUGGUGGUUGAGUAAACAAGCCCUGGUACACUGUCGAUAACCGUUGCGAAGCGAGUUAACGGGGAUAUGGAUAGUCCGCACUAUUGCAUAGCCCAGUCUAUUAUAGCCAGGUCCCAAUCAAUUCUCUGUCUCGGCCGCAUGCUCUCCACUUUGGUGUGGUGCCACACACCGAGGUCGACGCAUGCACAAACAGCAAGACUGGCCAUAGAUCUCUGUACAUGAAUCUGCGAGCUCGACUGAGGCUUGCCCUGAGCCUGGUUGGCGUUAACUGAACCCUUUCGGGCGCAUUAACAAUUGGGAAUUCUUUCUGAUUCUUUGAACUGGGUGUCCCAGUUUCUGUUCCGCUGUUGAGGUUUUGCAGGUCUCUUAAUCGGGAUACUGAGUGUCCUGCAUCGGAUUUCGGGAGUCAAGUGCUGACGAGAACUAUGUCAUGCGCAGCGCACACGCAGACCAGAGACCCCUCUAUGAGACCCCUCUGUUGCGUAUGAUUGCGCUUAUCAACAGUUCGUAGGAGGGCCGCCUCGAACACCUGGGUGGUGUGCGAGCUAAGUGGAUCACAUCGUGUUCACGUCUAUUGCAUCGUGGUCAUACAAGUAUCUAUACACGUUGGGUGUGUACUGUGAACCUACACGAGGUGUACAGGUUUUUGCUGGGGAAACCAUUUACGCCAUCAAUUCAUUCUGCGAAGUAAAGUGCACAACCAAAGCAGUAGUGGUGAGGCCCAUGGUGCAGCUCGACAUAGUCUCGCAACAUAUAGGCCAAUUGCACGUGUUCUUAAUGGCAAACCCGCUCGGUGCUGUUCACAUAACAUUGGGCGCAGGCGGUGUGAGAGCACGUCAUGUACGCCUGAGGGAUCAUUGAUUCGCCAUAUGGGUGUGCUUGGGAGGCUUGCGUAAGCAACCCGUCAAGUGAUUGUAGCUGCCACCAAGUGCUAUGUGAGAGAGAAAGGUGAUGCGUGGACUCAGUUAUCUGCGUGCUAAGAGUAUUUUCAGUAAACGGCUGGAGCUACAUAUUCCUAUAGUUCAGCAGCACGUGGUUUCCAGAGUAGAGUCUCGUGAGCAUGAAUGGCUGUGGUGCGAGAACUAUCAGAACAAUUCUCCGUGACCUUCGCUGUUGCGUUGGUCGUGCUAUUCUUAACUAUCGCGCCCGCAAACCCGAAGCAUCCUACUAAACUGCAUUUGGCUGCUGGUGCGUACUCUUCAGUGUGGGGCUCGCCAUCAACGAGAUCAGUGAUAUUAUGCCAUACAGCGAAGUUCAGUCUUAAGCCUGUAGCUCAACACAAAUACGAAUGAGGUGUAGCGCAAACGAUACACGUAAGUGUAAUUAAAGGGUCAAAUCACCCAUAGAUCAAUAUUGAUUGUUACAUCAAUCAUAUAAUAUUACUUUAUCAAAGAGCCGGCAAGUACUCCUACACUAGUAGAGGGAAGAGUUUCCACAGCCUGUCUCUUUAUUUGUAGUCUCAGCGUAGCCCUAGAUACCUUUAAUACCCACGUACGCAGACUGUGUUUUCAAAUGUAUUAUGUUCUCUGGAUAUCUUGGCAGAGUGCAACCUACAACUGCCACUAAGUGGACUGCACGCUUGGCUCAAUGUUACCGGACACUUCCGGUUUAACGAACUUGAGUACAAAGCAUCGUCGAGAUUUGACAUGCAGGCCUAUCCUUUUACUUCAUCGCCCCUCCUGUGUCAACUGCUGGAUAGAUACCCCAUUCGUCUACCAAUCAUGAUCUAGGAAAAUACCCCCUGCUGCGUAUGACAUCAUGGGCUCGAGAAAAAAGCAUCCACUGACAAUCAAAGUCUACAUUCGCUUCGCUAGGUGCUGCCUACAAUUCUUCUAGUUCGGGUUCUGCUGGGCAAAGGAUCAGCCAACAUGGGUGCUACGAGAUCCACAUUCUUCUUUGUACAUUACUGUUUCGUUCCGACUCGAUGAUAUAUGUGAGUGCCGAAUCAAACACACCCGUUAUGUGUGCCCUAGUCGAUCUCUAGUAUACGUACCGGGUUCUGCAAACAGACUCGACUUUCCCAGCCUAUCUCUGUCAACGGGAUCAACCUGUAGCCAACAUAUAAGCGUCACCUACAUCGGCCCAAACAUACCCAGGUAUCAAACUACUAAACACUGUUCACUUACAACGGACUACAACGUUUAAAAACCAUUUAGGCCGCAUGAAAUAGCCGAAGCGGCAGUGUACGUGUCCGCUGUCAAAAUGGGGCGGGCGGAAUCGCAAUCGAGUUAUUUGAUUGCGGCACGUGGACCGCUUCAUCCACUGACACUACUAACUGAACUUCAAGUGACUAUAGCUUCCCUUGUCUCGGUCUCCAGACUAUCAGCC